AUGGGCUGUGUUCAGAGCUUCAGGGAGUUGUGUGACCGUCCAAAAAAUACUAAUGUUCGUCUCAGUCUUCCAGCAGUUUGCAUUGUAUGGCAGACAGCAAUGAUUAUCUUGUUUGGGGUCUUUAUUCGAUACGAUGAGGAAUCGAAUCCACACUGGAUAGAACACAGAAAAGCUAAAAAUAUACCGAGUGACAUCGAGAAUGACUUCUACUUCAGAUAUCCAAGCUUCCAGGAUGUCCAUGUGAUGAUCUUCGUUGGAUUUGGCUUCCUGAUGACAUUUCUUAAGCGGUACAGCUUCGGAGCAGUGGGUUUUAACUUCCUCAUCGCAGCCUUUGGCCUCCAGUGGGCGCUGCUGAUGCAAGGCUGGUUCCACUCCCUGGACUACACUGAUGGAAAGAUCAAAAUUGGAGUUGAAAACCUGAUCAAUGCUGACUUCUGUGUGGCGGGCUGCUUAAUUGCCUAUGGGGCAGUUCUGGGUAAAGUCAGUCCGGUCCAGCUGAUGGUUCUGACUCUGUUUGGGAUCACAUUGUUUGCUGUGGAGGAAUAUAUUAUCCUGAAUCUCAUACACGCCAGAGAUGCUGGAGGCUCCAUGGUGAUCCACACAUUUGGAGGUUAUUAUGGUCUUUCCAUCUCGUGGAUGCUCUAUCGGCCAAAUCUGGACCAGAGCAGUCGUCUGCAGGGCUCCGUCUACCACUCAGAUGUCUUUGCUAUGAUCGGCACCCUCUUCCUGUGGAUGUUCUGGCCCAGCUUCAACUCAGCCAUCACAGACCACGGGGACGGGCAGCACAGAGCAGCCAUCAACACCUACCUGGCUUUGGCCGCCACCGUGCUCACCACUGUGGCCAUCUCGAGCCUCUUCCAGAAGCAUGGAAAACUAGACAUGGUUCACAUCCAGAACUCUACUCUCGCUGGAGGCGUUGCAGUGGGAACAGCAGCAGAGUUCAUGUUGAUGCCCUACGGAUCUCUGAUCGUAGGAUUCUUCUGUGGUAUCAUCUCCACCCUGGGUUAUAUCUACCUCACGCCGUUCAUGGAAAAGCACCUGAAGAUCCAGGACACAUGCGGAAUCCAUAACCUCCACGCCAUGCCAGGAGUCAUAGGAGGAAUCGUGGGAGCCAUUACUGCUGCAGCUGCAUCAGAGUCGGUUUAUGGCACUGAAGGGCUGAUUAACACCUUUGACUUUGAGGAUGCUUUCAAAGACAUGACACCCACACGACAGGGUGGUCACCAGGCUGCGGGCAUCUGUGUGGCUAUCUGCUUCGGUGUAGGCGGAGGUAUCCUUGUCGGUUGUAUCUUAAGACUACCUAUCUGGGGAGAUCCCGCUGAUGACAAUUGCUUUGACGAUGAGCCCUACUGGGAGCUUCCUGAGGAUGAAGAGAGCAUCCCACCAAUCUUGCAGUACAACAACCACAUGCGGAACAAAGACGUAGCUGAGUCAAAUUUCACCAUGGAGCAGAACUGACGCUAGGCCUCGAUCCUGAUGGAUCUCUCUUUACCUUUUGACCGUUUGUUCCUUUUAUUCUCCUGCUG